ACCUCUUUCAUGCUUGAAUUGUUAGGGGUUCGGUGAUGAUGCUGUUUUUCAGAUUGCAAAACAAGCGACAAUUGGUGACCUCACAAAAAGAUAGCAUUUACAAAUCGUUAAGCCUGGACCCUAGUAUUUGCACAGAGGUUACCUCUUCAAACCUUCUUUCGGAACACUAACAUGAGAUGUAGCCAGUAACAUGGAGUACGAUGAGAAACUUGCCCGCUUUCGCCAGGGCCUCGUCAACCCCUUUGACAGGGGAGAAGAUGAGGUCCCAGCAGAGAACAACAAGGGCCCCUCAAAAGCCGAGGUGAGGCCCGAGCUCUUCUCCUCGGAGGCCAAGAUCAACAGCUGCGACCGGACCAUGGACCUGGGCCUGGCUGAAGACCACUUUUCCCGGCCUGUGACCUCCUUUGUGGCGUCUGACAUCGAGCAGCUAAAGCAGGCCAUAGAGGAGUGCAAGAAACUGAUCCUGGAACUACCAGAGCAUUCGGAGAAGCAGAAAGACACUGUAGUCAAACUCAUACACCUCCGCCUCAAACUACAGGAACUGAAGGACCCGGAGGAGGAGGAGCCCAACCUGCGCGUGCUGCUGGAGCAUCGCUUCUCUAAGGAGAAGAGCAAGAGCGUCAAGCAGACCUGCGACAAGUGCAGCGCCAUCAUCUGGGGCCUCAUCCAGACCUGGUACACAUGCACAGGCUGCUACUACCGGUGCCACAGCAAGUGUAUGAACCUGAUCACCAAGCCAUGUGUGAGGUCGAAGGUCAGCCACCAGUCAGAGUACGAGCUGAACAUCUGCCCAGAGAUCGGCCUGGACAAGCAGGACUACCGCUGUGCCGAGUGCCGCACACCCAUCUCCCUACGGGGAGUGCCAUCCGAGGCUCGCCAGUGUGAUUACACAGGCCAGUACUACUGUAGCAGCUGCCACUGGAACGACACGGCCAUCAUCCCAGCACGCGUCAUACACAACUGGGAAUUUGAGCCUCACAAGGUGUGUCGCUCCUCCAUGCGCUACCUGGCUCUGAUGAUCUCGCGGCCGGUGCUGAAGCUGAAGGAGGUCAACCCGCUGCUCUUCAACUUUGUGGAGGAACUGGUAGAGAUCAGGAAGCUGCGCCAGGACAUCCUGCUGAUGAAGCCCUACUUCCUCACCUGUAAGGAGGCCAUGGAGGCCAGACUGCUGCUGCAGCUUCACGACAGGCAGCACUUUGUGGAGAAUGACGAUAUGUAUUCUACGCAAGACCUCAUUGACAUCUCCACCGGCCGCCUCAGCUGUUCCCUCACCGAGAUACACACUACCUUUGCCAAGCACAUCAAACUGGACUGUGAGCGAUGCCAAGCCAAAGGGUUUGUGUGUGAGCUGUGCAAAGAGGGAGAUAUCCUGUUCCCAUUUGACAGCCACACCUCUGUCUGCCAGGACUGCUCCGCAGUUUUCCACAGGGAUUGUUACUAUGACAACUCUACAACGUGUCCGCGAUGUGCCCGAAUGACCGAGCGCAAGCAGGAGCCUUUCGAUGCCGAUACUGUGUGAACUUGUAAACACUUACAUCUGCUUGACUUGUACAGUUACACAUUCCUAAUUUGCACUACAUUGAAGUACCUUUCCUGCAGAGGUGUCAAAAGUAAAAGUACUUUUGUGGAGUAACAACACUAGCACAUGGCAUUACAUAGGCGUCACAUCAUUUACUCCAUUGUACCUAAUGAGAUAUAUAAACUGUGUUGUUACUGAAAAACGCUGAAAAUCUAACAAGGACCCACCACCAACUUGAUCCAACCAGUGCAGAGGUAGCUGAUCGUAAGACAAGUACACAGGUCUACUGGUUACUCAGAUAUGUUACUUGAGUUGGGAGGAAACUGUGUUUCUUUUUUUCACUUGUUACUUUUGACACCUCUGAUUUCCUGUGUCUGGUCAUGCAAACAUAUUUACAUGAACUGUUAUCCAUGCUGUUUCUGUUUCUUUUGUAAUGCACUACAUGUCAGGAAUACUGAUCUGGUAUAACUUCUGGUCUAGUGGUGUAACUUGGAGAAACAUACUAACUGCUCUUACAGUAGCUUUCUGAAUGAAUUGUCUACUUUGCCAGUGCCAAUCUGACACAAUAACUUUGCAACAACACAAGUGUAGCAACCAAACAAUAUUGUCAAUGACCGGCUACUAGUUUGAUGUAUGGAGUUAUGUUAAUAUUGAUUUUCAAUUGGAUUGGUUUCAAAUAUGAACUGCCAUUGUCUUACCAAAUCCCGUUAUAGCAGGUUAUGGUUAUGGGUCUACUACUAUUCGCAGACACAUGGCAUAGUCGUUUACCCUUUCGAUACCCCAUGUCCUUAUGUACAGUCUUAAUACAUACUGUAUAAUAUUAUUGUCCAGGAGCAGCAAAUGGAAUCUGCCUUUAUUGGCCUUUUAUUAUCAGGUGAAGUAUUUUUGAGGGACUGAGAGCUUGCCUAUCAAAGACACUUAAAAAGUACAACAAUUCCCACGUUCAGACUAAUUCUGUGUAUGUAUGAUGAUAUGAGUGUUGUUUUUGACUUUCUGAGGUUUUAUAACUUCUUCACUAAAAAUAGUAUUUAUAAGAAUUAUAAAACCUUACAGUAGUAUGGUGAUGAUGCCCAAUGGUCUUUUAUUGACAGUAUGUAAACAAGAUGUACUUUUAUUUGUUUUAAAAUAAAGUAUAUAUAUAUUUGCUGUGUUAUGUUUCAGCAUGACAGAAAAGGUGAAGUCAAGGUAUUGUCCUAAUAAUUAUGUAAUCUACAAAAUUAUGUGUAGACAUGAUGACUUGAAAGAUCUUGUCAACAUUGUUUUCUGAAAUGUUUAUGUAUUGUAUCAGCAUAAGAUCUUGCAUGAAUACAUUAAAAACUGCUGUUUCUUCAA